AUGCAGAGGAAAUCAAAUACACAACAACAAAUAGCAUAUGAUACAAUUUUGAAUAGGAUAUUUUCUAACAAAUCAGGAGCUUUUUUUAUUGAUGGACCUGGAGGAACUGGUAAAACUUUUUUAUACCAUGCUUUAUUGGCUGCUGUACGGUCAAGAGGUUUUGUUGCUUUAGCUACAACAACUUCAGGUGUUGAGGCUUCCAUCCUCCCGGGGAGAAUGACUGCUCAUUCCUGUUUUAAAUUUCCUAUUGAAAUUGAUGAACAAUUUUCUUGUAACAUUAGUAAACAAAGUUCGCUUGCAGCUCUAAUAUGUGAUGCCAAAUUGAUUGUAUGGGAUGAAGUAUCUAUGGCCAAAAAGAAAGUGUUAGAAGCUUUUGAUAUUCUCUUGAAAGAUUUAAUGGAUACAAACGCUCUAUUUGGCGGAAAAGUUGUCAUUCUUGGUGGUGAUUUUAGACAAACUCUAUCGGUUGUUCGGAGUGGGAAAAAAGAAGAUUUUAUUCAAGAAAGUUUAUUAUAUUCUGAAAUUUGGAAUCAACUUGAAAAAAUGCGAUUAUCUGAGAAUAUGCGGGCAAAAACAGACCCUACAUUUUGUGACUAUUUACUAAGAGUAGGAAAUGGAGAAGAAAAAACAGAUAACCAUGAUAAAAUUAAAAUACCUAAUUUCUUUAUUGUUCCUUUCACUUCUGAAAAUGAAUCGUUAGAUCUCCUAUUUAGAGUGACUUAUCCAGAUCUACAUAUAUGUUCUUUUGAUAUGUCUUCUAUGACUUCGCGCGUAAUUUUGACUACAAAAAAUGACUUUGUUGAUGAAAUGAAUGAUUUGCUCAUAGCUCAAUUUCCUGGCGAUCCUAAAACAUAUGUUGCAUUUGAUGAGAAUAUUGAGGCGAGUGAUCAAAGUCAAUAUGAAGAUUUUUCGCAUACGCUACAUCUUGCUAGUUUACCUCCCCACAAAUUGACAUUAAAAAAGAACUGCCCUGUUAUGUUAUUAAAGGAAUUUAAAUUCUUGUGA